GCAAAAUUUGCAAAAAACACAUACUUUAUCUGCCUCAUUUGACUCUCGAUUUGCCUAGUAGACGGAAAUUUUAGUUGAUAAAGAUCUCUCUUAGCAGCUGGCAGUAUUUAGAAACCCAUAAAUAAUAAAUGAAGAAUUGCUAUCCAGUUCGCAGAGAUUAGGUGUGUCGUGUGUCUGCGUUGCUGAAGCCCAUCAAUUCAGCAUGAUCAUGAAUCUAGCACUAACCCGAGCUCGCCAAUUGCUAGUCUUGAUCGGUGCCCUGCUAAAACGGAUCUUGUGCUGCGAAUGUUUACGACGCCGGAGGGCUUCCCGCGUUGAAUGUGAGACGCUCAGCUCCGUCAAUGUCGUGCAGGACGCAAACCGGAGAUAUAAGCACGUCGUACAGAAAGAUUGGAACUCGUGGGACGACACUCCGGAAACGGUGGAAGAACACAUCGAACGAUACCGGGAGCAGCUAGUCGCCCCGGCUUCACCGAGCGAGCCGCCCCCGGAGGAACAAAUCGAUUAUUUCCGCGAUAUGGCACCGACCAUUGUGGCUCAGCAGAAAAUCUGCAUCGCAAACGAACAGGAUAACGGCGGCAGCCAGGACGGUCGGUUCAAUCGACUGACGGCAAAGAUCGACAUUCCCGUCGUAGACGGACUGGACGACUGGGAAGAGGACACCGACGGGCAAGGGCGAGACGGGUGGGACGAUGCGGACGAAAACACCACCAAACAGUUGAUUCGGCAGACACGCAAGGAACUGAGACAGCAGAGGCAACAGCAGCAGCAGCAUCGAAAUCAUUACAAGUAGGGAGGAGGGUAAGCUCUGCUGUGCUGCGAGCUGGGAGGGCACUGUUUUGUUCUGUUUUCUAUUUCGGUUUCCUACUGAUGAGCUAAGAGAAAAUAUAUGUUUAAUUAUAUUCAUUUUAUAGUUGUAAAACUUAAUAGUAGGAGAAGAAUAUUGCAGUCAGAAAAUUGUGAUCAACAAACAAUUUUUUAAACAAAGUAAAGGUAGAUAUGUCUUAUUGAAUAUUUGUUAUGUUACAAUUAAUUCAAUGUGAAACUUUAGUUUUCAAAUAUACACAAAUAGCGACACCGAAUUUUACUCGAUCA